AUGGUGCAAUUUCUUUCCUUAACACGGUUGUCACUCCCGCUGAAGAAACAGCAGCAGGUGACUCAGUCCUCAAAUGGCGGCGGCGGCUGCGGGCGGCCCGGGGCGGCAGCGGCGCUGUGGAGCGAGGUGAACCGCUGCGGCCAGAACGGUGACUUCGCCCGCGCGCUCAAGUCCGUCAACAAGAUGACGGCUGCCUGCCUGCAGGCCGGCAUCUCCCGAGCGCAGCUGGUGGAUGUCCGGCUGGUGAGCGCCAAGACGGGCUUCGGGAUGGAGGGGCUGGUCAGCCGGCUGCAGCGCUCCUGGAAGUGCGCCGGCGACGUCUACCUGCUGGGGGCCACUAACUCGGGCAAGUCGACGCUCUUCAACGCCCUGCUGCUCUCUGACUACUGCAAGUCGCGUGCCCCCGAUGUGGUUGGCAGGGCCACUGUCUCAGCCUGGCCAGGAACAACACUGAACUUGUUGAAAUUUCCAAUUAUUAACCCAACGUGUGACAGGAUAUUCAGAAGGCAGGAGAGGCUGAAAGAAGAGGCACUAAAAACAGAAGACCAGCUAAGCGAUGAAGAAAAAAAGCACCUCAAUCGCCUUAAAAAGCGAGGUUACUUAGUGGGAAGAGUUGGAAGAACAUUUAAACGCCAGAAGGAGAGCUCUGUGAUUGAUUUUGACCCUGACAUGCUGUCGUACAGCACAGAUGAAGAUCCAUGCCGUAUCUCUAAGAAGCAUGAGGAAGGAGAGGAGUUCACAUACAACGAAGUGAAGGAUGCUCGCUGGUGUUUUGAUACUCCAGGGAUUGUAAAGGAAAAUUGUGUUUUGAAUCUCCUAACAGAGAAAGAAGUAAAGCUGGUUUUGCCAACACAAGCCAUCAUUCCACGGACCUUCAUUCUCAAGCCAGGAAUGGUCUUGUUUUUAGCAGCUUUAGGCCGCAUAGACUACUUACAGGGAGAAAAACCUGCCUGGUUUUCUGUUGUGGCUUCUAAGUUGUUGCCAGUUCACAUUGCUACCUUGAGCAGUGCGGAUGUCACGUACGAGAAGUACGCUGGCCAAGAAUUCUUUAAGGUUCCAAUGGGUGGGAAAGAGCGAAUGAAAGAGUUCCCCCCACUUGUCCCUCAGGACAUUACACUGAAAGGAACUGGUACCACUGAGGCAGUUGCAGAUAUCAAACUUUCCUCUACAGGCUGGGUGGCAGUGACAGCUCAUGCAGAAGAGGAACUGUUGCUCCGAGCCUAUACACCCAGGGGCACCACAGUAGUGGUACGGGAGCCUCCCCUUUUACCAUAUAUCAGUAACAUCAGAGGGGCCCGGAUCCCAGGUACUGCUGCCUAUAGAACCAAAAAGCCUCCUUCCCUUGUAGAAAACCUGAAAACUGUGGGGAACAGAUAGCACUCACCAUUGUCUGAGCAAAAUAGGAUUCAGAACCUUGAUGCUUGUUGACACUCAGGAGAGCUUAGACUCAUCUGAAAGGCAGACAGGCACAGUUUCAAGGGAGGUCUGGGUGAGAUAAAUCUGAUUUAAGGCACCACAAGUCUAAUGUAACUACUGAGCUGCAGCUAGUUCAAGUGAGCUGAAUGGCUGGUACCUUGCUCUAUGAGGUGAGCCUGGGAUCAGGCGCUGUCAGGGAGCAACCAUCUUUCCCAGUUUACUCCUGAAAUACAGCACAGAAGCUCAGCUGCCUGCCGUUGGCUGACUUCGCUGCUCAGAGAGCAGGUCUUUUUCUGCAGACAUGCUCUCACAGGUCAGAAACCAUCACCUGGUUCUUGGAGCCUUUAUGUUGUUUCCAAAGCAGAGGGAGGUGGAGGGUGGGGAGAGGAGCAGGGAGUUCUCUGGUGCGGGUAUGACACUCCCAGGAGCUUGCGGUUAUCCAACAUUAUUGACCAAAAAUCAGGUCCCCUCAGUAUCUCAAGCAUUGCCUUACUUCUGGACACAGGAAAAGGAAUUAAAGAAACUUGCAACUCACUGCUUUGGUUUCUGUAUUUUGUGUAAAAGUUUCUGAAACUGAUGAUGUACAAUAAAAAACCUUUUCAAGA